CAAACAACAUAAUCUGUGCAAGAAUUUCGAUCGUUAUGAGUAGUAAAACAGGAAAAAUGAGGUUUCUUGUUUCUUCUCUCUUUAUCUUUCUCUUCUCCUUAUUUCUCUCCCCAUCUUGCACUUCACUUGACUUCCUAUCCCCAAACCAAUCUCUCAAAGAUGGCCAAACGCUAGUUUCGGAAGGUGGAAACUUUGAAUUAGGGUUCUUCAGCCCAGGCACCUCAAAAAACCGUUACGUUGGGAUAUGGUACACAAAUGUUCAGAGCCCAACGGUCGUAUGGGUGGCUAAUAGAGAAAACCCACUCACUGAUUCUUCUGGCAUCCUAUCGAUUGGUGGCGAUGGAAAUCUUGUGAUUCUUGAUGGAAGCAGAAACACUCUAUGGUCAUCAAGCAUUUCUACUACCUCGAAGAAUUUGACUGCAAUGCUCUUAGGUUCAAGUAACCUCAUUUUGACUGAAGGAGCUUCAGCUAAUGGCCGACGAAGAACCUUAUGGCAAAGCUUUGAUCAUCCUACGGACACCUUUAUGGCAAAGAUGAAGGUUGGUGUUUAUCUAGAGACGGGCAAGCAACGGUCCAUAACAUCAUGGAAGAGUGAAGACGAUCCGGCCCCGGGGAAGUUUUCUUUCGGCCUUGAACGGCAGAAAGUACCACAACUUUUUCUCUACAAUGGGUCUCGUCGAAUUUGGAGAAGUGGGCAAUGGAAUGGACGGAUGUUCGUGGGGUUACCUCACAUGACUUCUGACUACCUGAAAGGAUUCGCCCUUGAAACUGAUACAGAUGAAGGAAUGAUGUACUUAACUUAUGAUUUCCCAUCUCUCAUUGCAAGGUAUGUGGUAGAUUGGUCAGGAAUGUUGAGGGAACUGAUAUUAAGAGAAGAUACAAAGGACUGGUUCCUUAACUGGUGGCAAUCCAAUAAUCAGUGCGAUGUUUAUGGAAUGUGUGGGUCCUUCGGAAGCUGCAAUCCCUCAAAUUUGCCAAUUUGUGCAUGUUUGAGAGGAUUCCAACCCAAGUCAGCUGAAGAAUGGGGGAAAGGGAACUGGUCAGGUGGGUGCGUGAGGAGAACUCAAUUACAAUGUGAGAAACCUGGAAAUAUUAGUAUGAUGGAUGGGGAGGGAGAGGGGUUUCUAAAGAUGGAAAUGGUGAAAUUGCCAGAUUUUGCCGAUUGGUUGGACGUUCCUGAUGCCGAAGGAUGUGAAGCUGAGUGUUUGAAGAACUGCUCCUGUGUCGCCUAUGCACAUGUUAGCGAGAUUGGAUGCAUGAUAUGGGCCGAUGGUAUGAUUGAUAUACAGGAAUUUUCUUCAGGAGGGGAGGAGCUUUACAUUCGUCUUGACAACUCUGAACUUGGUGACAAAGAAAAACUUCCACGGUCAAUCAUCAUUGUAAUAACAAUUAUAGGGAUUGCAGUUUUGCUUGGCUCCGCUUACCUUCUUUGGAUGUGGACGGUUAAAAACAGAGAGAAGAAAAAGAACUUCUGGAGACGCUCUACUAUAAAGAAUGAUGUCGAAGAACCAAAAGAUCUUUCAGUUGCAAAUGUGCAUAGAGAUGGAGGGAAUCAUGGAAAAGGUUUUGAAUUACCAUUAUUCCACUUUGCUGGAAUUAGAAUUGCUACAGAUAACUUCAGUGAUGAAAAUAAGAUUGGGAAGGGGGGUUUUGGCCCUGUAUACAAGGGCAAGUUGCUGGGUGGAGAACAAGUAGUAGCUGUUAAAAGACUUUCCGAAAGGUCUAAUCAAGGCGUAGAAGAGUUCAAGAAUGAGAUUUUAUUGAUAUCAAAACUUCAGCACAGGAAUCUUGUUAGGCUGUUGGGGUAUUGCGUUGAAGGAGAUGAAAAAAUACUCAUAUAUGAGUACAUGCUAAACAAAAGCUUGGAUGCCUUUCUCUUCGAUCCAAGCAAACAGCCACAGCUUGAUUGGGCGAAACGCUUUAAAAUCAUUGAAGGGAUUGCUCGAGGGCUUCUUUAUCUUCACCGAGAUUCUAGAUUAAGGGUUAUUCACAGGGAUCUCAAGGCUAGUAACAUUCUAUUGGAUGGAGAAAUGAACCCUAAAAUUUCAGACUUCGGCAUGGCGAAGAUUUUUGGAGGCAAUCAAAAUCUUGCAAAUACUAAUAGGGUGGUUGGUACCUACGGGUACAUGGCCCCAGAAUAUGCAAUGGAAGGGCGAUUUUCAGAGAAAUCCGAUGUCUUUAGCUUUGGUGUCUUGCUUUUAGAGAUUGUGAGUGGUAAAAAGAACAACAGCUUUUAUUAUCAUGAGCACUUUCUAAACCUUCUGGGAUAUGCAUGGAGAUUGUGGAAAGAAGACAAGAUUCUGGAGCUGAUGGAUCCAUCGAUGGGUGAUCCAUGUUCAAUGUCCGAAGUGUUACGUUGCAUCCAUGUGGGGCUCCUAUGUGUGCAAGAAUGCGAAACGGACCGUCCAUCCAUGUCUUCUGUAGUUCUCAUGCUGGGUCAGUCAACAUCUCUUCCAACACCGAACCAACCUGCAUUUAGUCUAGGGAGAAGUCAUGUAGAAUCACACUUAUCUCCGGUCAGCAAUGGAAUAUUCUCGGUGAAUCAAGUUACCAUGACGAUGAUCGUUGAUGGAAGGGCUUUACUGGCAAUCGGUUCACCUGGAGUAACAACAGAUCUGAGCUCGCCCGCGUGUGGGCAUGGUUGGACAGGGUUCUCAUUAAUGAGCAAUGGAGCUCCUCCUUCCCGUCCUUCCAAGUCCAACAUCUCCCUCGCUGCAACUCGGACCACUCCCCUCUUCUUCUAUCUUGUCCUAUCCUCGACCAUCCUAAGGUUAGACCUUUUCGAUUCCUCAGAAUGUGAACUUUACAUGAUACUUUCAGGCAGGUUAUCAGUAAAGUGUGGGAAGAAGAAGACCUUCAAACCAUUGAGCAUAGACUACAGGAAAACCCAUGCGAUCUCCUCUUUUGGGAAAGUGCAGCGGCUAGGAGAAGCUGAUGGAUCAGUUACUUCCAACCUCAGUGAUAUCCGAUCAGCGGCCGUCGAUUUCUUUGAGCAGCUUUUUCGUGAAGAACCCACCUCCCUAGCCCCUGACCUGCUUUCAGCCAUCCCUUCCCUCAUUUUGCAACACGAUAAUGAAUCCUUCUUGUCCCUCCCUUCCAAGGAAGAAGUUCAUGCAGCAAUCUUAUCCAUUCCUCAAGACGGUGCCCCGGGCCCUGAUGGGUUCACUGCUGCAUUUUUCUCUGCUUGCUGGGAGAUUGUCGGAAAUGACAUUCAUACCACUGCCCACUCCUUCUUUCUUGGGGACCCUCUUCCUAGGGCUUUCACCUCAACACUCAUCUGGGCUUUUCUUUCCAAGCUGAUCUCUGCUGAACAAGCGGCAUUCGUCAAAGGUCGAGCUAUUACUGAGAACAUUGUGUUGGCCAAUGAAGCUCUUGUUGGAAAAAUUGCUGGUUCUCUGUUCUUAUUAACAGCGAGGCGACGAGUUUCUUCCAAUCUUCUAGAGGUAUCCGCCAAGAGCUUUAAUACCCUCGUAGCUAGAGGCUGGGUCCCACCAUUCAAGCUUCACUGCGGAAGCCCGCUGAUUUCCCAUUUGCUGUUCGUGAAUGACACCUUGCUUUUCCUCAACGGCAGUCGCUCAUCCCUCCUCUCCAUCAAGCAUUUCCUUCAAGUCUUCCAGAUGCCAGCUGGGAGAGUGAGAUCUAUCCAACGCCUCUUGGGUAUCUCAAAAGCCAACUCCGGGAUCCCAUAUCUGGGAGUACCUCUCUCCAAAGGUAGAUUGAAGCAAGUAAAUUACUUCUCUGGUGGAAGAAGGAGGCCUAUCAGGAUCCUUUUCCCUGUCAUAGACGAGAAUGCACAGUGGGAAGUUGGGGACAGCGAGCUGAAUCUUUGGGAGGUUAAUUGGACUGGACAGGGACCUCUCCACCGUCUGGCCACCGAUCCCAUUCCUGCUGAUCUACUAGUUCUGUUCCUUGAGAAGGAAAUGACUUCUUCCCUGGAGCUGAAAUUAAGAAGGUCGGAGGGCAUUGGUUCUCAGAUGAGGGUUUUUGGGGCUGAGGGCGAGCAGGUUAACUUGAAGAGGAUUAGCUUUCAACUGGACAGGGCUGGGCCCGCUGUCACAGCUGGCCACGCAUCCAGUCCCCCAGCAUCUCCUCUCCACCCCGUCCGGAUUGUCGUGUCUGGCUGCUCACCCGCCGUGGUAAUUUUACUGUGUUCUGCCUGGAAUCUCUGUCGUUCGUCACAAAUGCGUAAGGAUUGGUCCCGUUGGAUUUGGCAUUCUACCCUUCCCCCCAGAAUUUCUGUUUUCGUCUGGCGGCUUCUUCCCAGGGUCAUCCCACUUGAUGAGGACAUCCAGAAACGUGGCAUGUCACUGGCGUCCUGUUGUGAUUGCAGCAUGAACUCCCCCUCCAGCUGCAGAUCAGUGGAGUCCUGUAGGCAUGUUUUCAUCAACAGCCCAGCUGCGGCUGCCACAUGGGCCUUCUUUGGGAGCAUUUUUACAAUUUUCAGUAACACCACUCUCUCCAUAGAAGCGAGAGGGAACCUGGGCCCCUCGGGCGGCAGGGGCAUCUGUAGAAAUGAAGUAGGUGAUUUUAUCUUUGGUUUCUCUGCUGGGUAUGGGCCUGGCUCAAACGUUUUUGCUGAACUGAGAGCAAUUCAUGAUGGGCUCUCCUACUAUGCUACUCUUGGCCAUCAGAAGAAUUGUAGUAUGAGGAUCAAAACAGGAAAACUGAGAUUUCUUCUUUUUUCUUACUUAAUUUUUCUGUUCUCCUUAUCCCUCUCUCCAUCUUGCACUUCACUUAACUUCCUAUCCCUAAACCAAUCUCUCAAAGAUGGCCAAACGCUAGUUUCGGAAGGUGGAAACUUUGAAUUAGGAUUCUUCAGCCCAGGCACCUCAAAAAGCCGCUAUGUUGGGAUAUGGUAUGUGAAUGUUCCGGUCCAGACGGUCGUAUGGGUGGCUAACAGAGAAAACCCACUUAUAGAUUCCUCUGGUGUCCUAUCGAUUGGUGAUGAUGGAAACCUUGUGGUUAUUGAUGGAAGUAGAAACACUCUAUGGUCAUCAAACAUUUCCACCACCUCGAAGAAUUCCACUGCUAUGCUCUUAGAUUCAAGUAACUUCAUUUUGACCGAAGGUGUUUCAGCUAACAGUCGAGGAAGAACCUUAUGGCAAAGCUUUGAUCAUCCUACAGAUACAAUCAUGCCGAAGAUGAAGAUUGGUGUUUAUCUAGAGACAGGCAAGAAACAGUUCUUAACAUCAUGGAAGAACGCAGAUGAUCCGGCACCAGGGAAGUUCUCUGUAGGCCUUGAACAGAAAAUACCACAAGUUUUUCUCUACAAUGGGUCUCGUCCAAUUUGGAGAAGUGGGCAAUGGAAUGGGCAGGUGUUCGUGGGGAUACCCAACAUGAAUUCUGUAUACCUUAACGGAUUUUCCCUUGAACCUGAUAGGGAUAUUGAAGGAGUAAUGUACUUAAGUUUUGAUUCCCCGUCUACCAUUCUAAGGUAUAUGGUAGAUCGGUCAGGAAUAUUCAAGGAAGUGGUGUUAAGAGAAGAUAGGAAGGACUGGUUAGAUGGUUGGUCGCAAUCCGUUAGUCAGUGUGAUUUUUAUGGAAUGUGUGGGUUUUUCGGAAGCUGCAAUCCCUCAAAUUCGCCGAUUUGUGAAUGUUUGAGAGGGUUCCGACCCAAGUCGGCUGAAGAAUGGGGGAAGGGGAACUGGUCAGGUGGGUGCGUGAGGAAAACUCAAUUACAAUGUGAGAGAGAUGGAAAUAGUAGUAUGAUGGUCGGGGAAGGAGACGGGUUUUUAAAGAUGGGAAGGAUGAAAUUGCCAGAUUUUGCCCAUUGGUUGGACGUUCAUGAUGCCAAAGGAUGCGAAGCUGAGUGUUUGAAGAACUGCUCCUGUGUUGCCUAUGCAUACGUUAGCGGGAUUGACUGCAUGAUAUGGGUCGACAGUUUGAUUGAUAUACAGGAAUUUUCUUCCAAAGGGGAGGAGCUUUGCAUUCGUCUUGCCAAUUCUGAACUUGGUGACAAAGAAAAACUUCCACGGUCAAUCAUCAUUGUAAUAACAAUUAUAGGGAUUGCAGUCUUGCUUGGCUCCGCUUACCUUCUUUGGAUGUGGACGGAUAAAAACAGAGAGAAGAAAAAGAACUUCUGGAGACGCUUUACUAUAAAGAAUGAUGUCGAAGAACCAAAAGAUCUUUCAGUUGCAAAUGUGCAUAGAGAUGGAGGGAAUCAUGGAAAAGGUUUUGAAUUACCAUUAUUCCACUUUGCUGGAAUUAGAAUUGCUACAGAUAACUUCAGUGAUGAAAAUAAGAUUGGGAAGGGGGGUUUUGGCCCUGUAUACAAGGGCAAGUUGCUGGGUGGAGAACAAGUAGUAGCUGUUAAAAGACUUUCCGAAAGGUCUAAUCAAGGCGUAGAAGAGUUCAAGAAUGAGAUUUUAUUGAUAUCAAAACUUCAGCACAGGAAUCUUGUUAGGCUGUUGGGGUAUUGCGUUGAAGGAGAUGAAAAAAUACUCAUAUAUGAGUACAUGCCAAACAAAAGCUUGGAUGCCUUUCUCUUCGAUCCAAGCAAACAGCCACAGCUUGAUUGGGCGAAACGCUUUAAAAUCAUUGAAGGGAUUGCUCGAGGGCUUCUUUAUCUUCACCGAGAUUCUAGAUUAAGGGUUAUUCACAGAGAUCUCAAGGCUAGUAACAUUCUAUUGGAUGGAGAUAUGAACCCUAAAAUUUCAGACUUUGGCAUGGCGAAGAUUUUUGGAGGCAAUCAAAAUCUUGCAAAUACUAAUAGGGUGGUUGGUACCUACGGGUACAUGGCCCCAGAAUAUGCAAUGGAAGGGCGAUUUUCAGAGAAAUCCGAUGUAUUUAGCUUUGGUGUCUUGCUUUUAGAGAUUGUGACUGGUAAAAAGAACAACAGCUUUUAUUACCAUGAGCACUUUCUAAACCUUCUAGGAUAUGCAUGGAGAUUGUGGAAAGAAGACAAGAUUCUGGAGCUGAUGGAUCCAUCGAUGGGUGAUCCAUGUUCAAUGUCCGAAGUGUUACGUUGCAUCCAUGUGGGGCUCCUAUGUGUGCAAGAAUGCGAAACGGACCGUCCAUCCAUGUCUUCUGUAGUUCUCAUGCUGGGUCAGUCAACAUCUCUUCCAACACCGAACCAACCUGCAUUUAGUCUAGGAAGAAGUCAUGUAGAAUCACACUUAUCUCCGGUCAGCAAUGGAAUAUUCUCGGUGAAUCAAGUUACCAUGACGAUGAUCGUUGAUGGAAGGUAGAGAUGAAAGCUGCAAUCGCUUCCAGGUUUCCUGAUGCACUCACAUGAAUGAGACAUUCUCGGCACUCACUUUUCGGAUGUGGAAACUGGAAUAAAUGUGCAUGAUCCAAUAUAUCAUCAGGGGGUGGUUCUGCCAACAAUAGUAAUCUUUAUAGUACAUGCUGAAUGUCUUGGAUGGGUGGGCUC